UUUUGUGUUUUAUGUCUAUUUUAACACGGUCCUUCCAUUUGUUGUCCAGAAUGUCCAAGUACAGUGGAAAACAUCUCGGUUCCCUUUCACCGGCUGAGAUUAAACAGUGGAUCGAUUCGUUCGACACGGUGCUCACGGACUGUGAUGGUGUUAUUUGGGUGGAAAACAAUCCACUGCCGGGUGCGCCGGAUGUGAUUAAUCGAUUUAUCGCAAACGGCAAGAAGCUGUUCUUUGUGACAAACAACUCGACCAAAACUCGACCCGAAUUUGUGGAGAAAGCCGUAAAGUUGGGUUUUAAUGUUACUAUCGAUAACAUAAUUUCAACGGCAUACUUAGCCGCCCAGUACCUAAAGAAUGUGGGAUUCUCAAAAACCGUCUACGUUAUCGGUUCGACGGGAAUCACCAAAGAGCUGGAUGCUGUCGGUAUACGGCACAUCGGUAUCGGUCCCGAUACACUGCAGGGCACGCUGGCCGAAACGGUCGCCAGUUUUGUACCGGAUCCGGACGUUGGUGCCGUUAUCGUAGGGUUUGAUGAGCAUUUUAGCUUCGUAAAGAUGAUGAAAGCUGCCUCGUACCUUAACAAUCCGGACGUGAUUUUUAUCGGCACGAACACGGAUGAACGUUUCCCGAUGCCGGACCGUGUCAUUCCCGGCACGGGCAGUAUCGUGAAGGCCGUGGUAACGUGUGCCGAGCGAGAACCGAUCGUGAUGGGCAAACCAAACCCACACAUCUGCGAGAUCAUCCGCAGGGAGUACGAUGUGGAUCCGGCACGAACGCUUAUGAUUGGCGACCGGUGCAAUACGGACAUUUUGCUCGGUAAGAAUUGCGACUUUCAGACGCUGCUGGUCGAAACGGGUAUACACAAUGCCGGGGACAUCGAAAAGUAUGCGGUAUCCAAUGAUCCACUGCUGAAGGCACAAGUUCCAGACGUGUAUCUUGCAAAGUUGGGAGACUUGCUGCCGUAUUUGUAGAUG